UGCUAGAAAGUUUCAAAAUUUAUUACCUCGUUUGUGCGUUAGGUCUUUUUCUUUCAAUUAUAUCAAAAUCGGUGUCUUCUCCUCUUGUGAUCAGGCAAAUAACAGAAAGAUAUAAAGAUGUUGGUGCAAAAGAUUACAAUGCAAUCGCAUGCUUCUGCCCCAAUGAAACUACAAUUGAAAGAGAAAUCGAUAGGAUCACCGCAAGCGAAAUUUUGAGUUCAUAUCGAAGAUGCUCUUAUUCUAAAGAGAUAUGCGAUCUAAUGGAUACUUGUGACAGUUGCAUAAUUCAUACAGAAUUUUGCCAGCCUUCAAAUCUUGGGAAAGACUUUGAUUGCCUGAGAGAUAUAUUUAUUUUGAAGGAUGGUUAUUUCAAACAAAAUUCAUCUAAAAUACAUUCUCGCUUUAAACGUCAGUCAAAGACAUGUUUCUAUCCUGCAAAUUUGAAAACUGCAGAUGUUUUUUGUAAUUUAAGUUCCAGAAAAGUAUCUUGCAGCCAAACUUGUAUUAAAGGCUAUACUUUAGAAGUGGGGUCGAAAGUGAAUUUGAGCUGUGACAGAAAGAAAAAUGUAUGGAAGCCCCAUAAAUUUAAGGAAUGCGAGCCCUACGUAGAUUGCACUAUAUCACUGGUUUCCGGAGGUGUGGCCGAUUGUUACACCCCUACAACUAAGUUGCCAGCUAUGUGCUAUAUAGAAUGUGAUGCGUAUGAAGACAAGCUAGAGCUUCCAAGAAGAGCAUACAUUUGUAAUGAUGGCAAGUGGAGCUCAGGCGGAUUGCCAUUCUGUGCCAUUGAAGGAUCAAAUAUAGCACUAGUUGAUGCACCACUACGUUAAGAGCUGGGCUUAGAUGAGAAUGGAAUGCAAUUCAUCAAAGAAAAUUUUUGUGUUGCAUAAACUUAAAAGAAUUAAGCAGUUUGCAUGUUCUGUUUUUUUUUUUGAAAAAUUAAUGUAUGUUUCAUUCGCAUAGAGCUCUUUGAUAAAGCAGCUGUAGUUUUGAUAUGAAAAUCAUAAAUAUUAAGUAACUGCUUUAAACUAGUUUUUAUUUAUUUUUAAUGCAAAGGCUGUUAUAAAUUCCCCGUUAUAGCCUUUAAAAGAUUUAAUUUGAUAUGCGCAUAACGGAAAAAUAAAUCUAUAAUAAUA